AUGUAUGCCUGUGCAAUGUUCGUUCAGCCGACAUCUCGAUGCUUGAGCAUCCUUAGCAUUGGGAUCUCAGCUUUGAAUCUAGAAUCAUCCAGAUUUAACCAGCACAGUUCAGCCGAUAUUGAUCAAGCCGCUAAAUAUAUUGGUGCUGGAGCAGCAACUGUUGGCUAUGCCCGCAACCCCUCAUUGAAGGGUCAGCUUUUCUCCUUAGCCAUCUUGGGGUUUGCCCUGUCCGAAGCUAUGGGUCUCUUCUGUCUGAUGAUGGCCUUCUUGUUGCUGUUUGCGUUUUAA